CGCGGGAUGCGUGAUGACGUUAAGGCGUUGAUUGGGAGCGAGAAGUGGAGUCUGCGCUUGCGCGACGCCGCAGUUUGGGUCAAAGUUGCUGCCGUCUGCGCCGAAGUGAGCAGUAAUUACCAUGUCAAGGUGGGAGACUUAUUACAAAAACGAGGGAGAUGAAGAAGAAGAAGAAGAAGAUGAGGGCCCUGAAGCAGGUGGAGAGUAUAAAUAUUCAGGAAGAGAUAGUUUGAUUUUCUUGGUUGACGCCUCCAAGGCCAUGUUUGAAAUUCAGGGUGAAGGUGAUGAAGAUGAAUUGACUCCCUUUGACAUGAGCAUCCAGUGCAUCCUGAGUGUGUACACCAACAAGAUCAUAAGCAGUGAUCGGGAUCUCUUGGCAGUGGUGUUCUACGGUACCGAGAAAGACAAAAAUUCAGUGAAUUUCAAAAAUAUUUACGUCUUACAAGAGUUGGACAAUCCAGGUGCCAAACGAGUGCUAGAGCUUGACCAGUUUAAGGGCCAGCAGGGAAGGAAGCAUUUCCAGGACCUAAUUGGCCAUGGAUCUGACUAUUCGCUAAAUGAAGCACUGUGGGUCUGUGCCAACCUCUUUAGUGAUGUCCAGUUCAAGCUGAGCCAUAAGAGGGUCAUGCUGUUCACCAAUGAAGACGACCCCCAUGGCAAUGACAGUGCUAAAGCCAGUCGGGCCAGGACCAAAGCUGCUGAUCUCCGUGACACAGGUAUCUUUCUUGACUUGAUGCACCUAAAGAAGCAUGGCGGCUUUGAUAUAUCCUUGUUCUACAGAGAUAUCAUCAGCUUAGCAGAGGAUGAAGACACAGGGGUUCACUUUGAGGAAUCGAGCAAACUGGAAGACCUGUUGAGGAAGAUUCGAGCCAAGGAGAACAGGAAGCGCACGCUUGGCAGGUUGAAGUUUAAGCUCAGCAAAGACAUAGCCCUCACUGUCGGCAUUUAUAAUUUGGUCCAGAAGGCUUUCAGGCCUUCACCAAUCAGGCUUUAUCGGGAAACAAACGAGCCUGUGAAAACCAAGACCCGGACAUUUAAUGUAAACAACGGCAGUUUGCUUCUGCCCAGCGACACCAAGAGGUCCCAGAGCUAUGGGAGUCGUCAGAUUGUACUAGAGAAAGAAGAAACAGAGCAGCUAAAACGGUUUGAUGAACCAGGUUUGACUCUCAUCGGUUUCAAGCCCUUGAUCAUGCUGAAGAAGCACCAUUACCUGAAGCCCUCCCUGUUUGUGUACCCCGAGGAGUCCCUGGUGAACGGGAGCACAGCCCUGUUCAGUGCUCUGCUCACGAAAUGUCUGGAGAAGGAGGUGAUGGCAGUCUGCAGAUACAUACCCCGCCACAACAGCCCACCUUAUUUUGUGAUGUUGGUGCCCCAGGACGAGGAACUGGAUGACCAGAAAAUUCAGGUGACUCCCCCAGGCUUCCAGCUUAUGUUCCUACCCUAUGCUGAUGAUAAACGGAAGGUGCCCUUUACUGAAAAAAUCUUGGCAAACCCAGAGCAGGUAGACAAGAUGAAGGCUAUUGUUCAGAAGCUCCGCUUCAGUUACAGGAGUGACAGCUUUGAGAACCCAGUGCUGCAGCAACACUUCAGGAACCUGGAGGCCUUAGCUUUGGAUUUGAUGGAGCCCGAACAAGCAGUAGAUUUGACGUUGCCGAAGGUUGAAGCAAUGGAUAAAAGACUGGGCUCCCUGGUGGAUGAGUUUAAGGAGCUGGUCUACCCACCAGAUUAUAAUCCCCAGGGAAAAACUAUCAGACGAAAACAAGAUGAUGAAGGUUCUAGAAACAAAAGGCCCAAGGUGGAGGUAUCUGAAGAGGAGCUGAAGGCCCACAUCACCAAGGGCACGCUGGGCUUAAAAUGAGUUAUCCCAGAGGGAGGAGGAGAGGAUCUCUACCACCACCAAGAAAGAAGAGCCAGGAGUGGUGUGCAUCCUUUGGACCCCAGAUCCCUGUGCUGAGAAGCUCCCGGAACCAGGAGACUGAGAGAGCUGCAACACCAAAGAUGGCAAGAAAUGGUGGCAGGAGAGGUAGGAGACUGUCAGAUGGGGCGUUACGCUUCCCAGCCCACGGAGUGAGACAGCUGAGCACCUUCAGACAGAGGGCUUACCAGCAGAGUGGGGUGCCUUGGGGGAUCCAUCAGCAGAGCUAAAAGAGCUUUGUAACACUUGCCCAAGCAGGGCAAGAGGUCGAGGGGCCAGAGAGAGGUGUACCUGGGGGCACAGGUGACAAGAGGCUGUCCUGAUGGAAAACCCGUAUCCUGAGCGUUCCUGAGCCUGAAUUGUAACCACUUACUUUCCUAAUAAACCCCGUAAUUGUAUUAUCUGUGGGUUCUGUGUGGCCACUGUAAUGAAUUACCAAACUCAGCAGAGAAAUGGAGUGUGCCACGGGAGGGACAGAUGGUGUCAGAAUUGGUAAAAAUGGUGGAGAGAGUACGUCUGAUCUUAGCUUCAUAGGAAUUGGCCUUGGGCUUUUUUUCUUGAUUCUCCUUCCCCCUUGUGAAGUUAAAGGAAGUUAGAUGCCUCCGUCACAACAUUUUUACAAAGAGAAAUGAAAGAUGAUUUCUCUUAUUUAUCAGGGGGGCUAUAGGAAGUUCAAGAUGAGGAAUGACCCUAGCUAGUACUGAAAGGGAAGAGAAGUGGAGGGUCUUUUCCUUGGGUUCUUUGUCCCCUCACUCCCCUACCCUCCAUUACUUCCCUGCUGCUUUUGCAUGCAUGUGAGGUGAUUGAAAAUACCAUGGCUUGGGUUACGCACACUUUAGUCCUCAAAGUGACAUCUUUGCUUUUUAACACUUAAAAGAGGUCUUUUGCAGAUUUGUCCAGUGCAACACAUUGUUUGAUUUCUUGACUGCUGCUUCAAUGGGCAUUGAUUGUGGAUUCAAGUAAAAUGAAAUCCUUGACAACUUCAAUCUCUUCUCCGUUUAUCGUGAUGGUGCUUAUUGGUGCAGUUAUGAGGAUUUUUGUUUUAUGCUGAGGUGUAAUCCAUACUGAAGGAUAUAUUCUUUGAUCUUCAUCAGCAAGUGCUUCAAGUCUUCCUUGCUCUCAGCAAGCAAGGUUGUGUCAUUUCAUACUGCAGGUUGUUAACGAGUCUUCUCCACUCCUGAUGCGACAUUCUUCAUACAGUCCGAGUUUCUGGAUUAUUUGUGGAGCAUACAGAUUGAGUAUGGUCAAAGGAUACAGCCCUGACACACACCUUUUCUGAUUUUAAACCACUCAGUAUCCCCUUGUUCUGUUCGAACGAUUGCCUCAUUCUAUGUACAGGUUCCGCAUGAGCACAAUUAAAUGUUCUGGAGUUUCCACUCUUCACAAUGUUAUCCAUAAUUUGUUAUGAUCCACAGUUUAAUAUGUAUGCAUAGUCAAUAAAACACAGGUAAACAUCUUCAUCUCACAUACUUUGGACGUGUUAUCAGGAGGGACCAGUCCCUGGAGAAGGACAUCAUGCUUGGUAGAGGGUCAGUGAAAAAGAUGACCCUCAGAAAGAUGGAUUGACAUAGUGGCUGCAACAAUGGUCUGAAGCAUAAUGAUUGAGAGGAUGGUACAGGACCGGGCAGUGUUUUGUUCUGUUGUACAUAGGCUUGCUAUGAAUUGGAACCAAAUCAAUGGCACCUAACAACAACAGACAUCUUUCUAGUAUUCUUUGCCUUCAGCCAAGCUCCAUCUCACAUCAGCAAUUAUAUCCGUUCCACAUCCUCUUUUGAGUCCGGCUUGAAUUUCUGGUAGUUCUCUGUCGGUAUACUGCUGCACCUGUUUUUAUCUUCACCAAAAUUUUACUUGCAUGUGGUAUUAAUGAUACUGUUUGAUAAUUUCCACAUUCUGCUGGAUUACAUUUUUUUUGGAAUGGGCACAAAUAUUGAUCUCUUCCAGUCAAGUUCGCCAGGUAGCUGUCUUCCAAAUUUCUUCACAUAGACAGGUGAGCACUGCCAGCAUUGCAUCCAUUUGUUAUAACAUCUCAAUUGGCACUCGAUAUCCCGGAGCCUUGUUUUUCCGUCAGUGCCUUCAGUGCAGCUUGGACUUCCUCCUUUAUUUCAAUUGGUUCUUUACCAUUUGGUACCUCCUGAAAUGGCUGAACGUCCACUAAUCUUUUUGGUACAGACUGUGUAUCCCUUCCGUCUUCUUUUGAUGGGUCCUGCGUCAUUCAGUAUGCCCAUCCAAGAACUCUUUGCUGUUGGUUCUGACUCAUAGCGACCCUCUAGGACAGAGUAGAUCUGCCUCAUAGGGUUUCCUAGGAGUGCCUGGUGGAUUUGAACUGGUGACUUUCCAGUUAGCAGCCAAGCUCUUAACCAUUGCACCACCAGGGCUCCAUUUUGCCCAUAGAAUCCCUCAAUAUUACAACUCGAGUCUUGACCCACCCCGAGGCACCUGGGAAGACAUGCCUGGCAAUCUGCUUGCGAAAGGGCACACCCCUGACAAUCCUGUGGAGCGAUUCCACUCUACACAUGCAAGGUUGUCGGGAGUCAGAACCAACUUGACAGCAACUAACAACAAAUACUUGAGGAGCCACAAGGACUUUUCAGCCUUUUAGUUUGAGCCCAAAGUGUCCUUGAAUAUAUUAUUACAACUUUGACUACAUUGUGCAUGAGAGCCAGUCCUACGUGGGAUUUACUCCUUUGCUCUCACAGGCAGCUGUCAGCAUGUCAGAUCAGCUGGUGGGCCCUGCCAGCACGUGGGGUUCUUCAUUGUCCUGCAGUUUUUUGACUUGACCAUAUUUAUUGCUGU